AUGUCGGCAUCAGAGUCAACCAGCUCAAGGCAGCCGGUGCAGCCUCCGCCUUUGGAGGUCGCAGCAAGCGAGUCUGAACCGCAGGGCAAGGAGGAGCCAGCUGGCCUGGGCGGUAAAGUCGCAAGAUUCUUUGGCAACGUCGGCUACCGUGUUUUUGACAACAUGAGCUUUGUUGGAGAGGUUCUGGUGGAAUUCCUUGAGUUGGACAAGCACCCGUAUCAGCGCGAGAUGGACGAGAUGCGAAGGCAGCAGCGGCGCCGAAAACAAGCGCAGCAGCAGCGCGAGGCCGAUGCCAUUGCGUCCCUGGAGGAGGCAACGGAAACUGAGGCAACAGGAGCUGAAUCCAAACAGGCCCUGGAGACCCCGGCCGCUUUAUAG